UCUCUCUCUCUCUCUCUCUCUCAGACGUUCACAGCCUGGUGUAACUCUCAUUUGCGGAAGUCAGGAACGCAGAUCAACAACAUUGAAGAGGAUUUCAGAGAUGGCCUCAAACUCAUGCUGCUGCUGGAGGUCAUAUCAGGUGAACGGUUACCCAAACCUGAGCGAGGCAAGAUGAGGGUCCACAAGAUCAACAACGUCAACAAAGCGCUGGACUUCAUCGCCAGUAAAGGAGUCAAACUGGUUUCCAUCGGGGCUGAGGAGAUCGUGGACGGGAAUGCUAAGAUGACCCUGGGGAUGAUCUGGACCAUCAUCCUGCGCUUCGCAAUCCAGGACAUCUCCGUCGAAGAAACCUCUGCUAAGGAGGGUCUGCUGCUCUGGUGCCAGCGCAAGACAGCCCCCUACAAGAACGUGAACGUGCAGAACUUCCACAUCAGCUGGAAGGACGGUCUUGCCUUCAACGCCCUGAUUCACAGACACAGGCCCGAGCUGAUCGACUAUGACAAGCUGAGGAAGGACGACCCCAUCACUAACCUGAACAAUGCUUUCGAGGUGGCAGAGAAAUACCUUGACAUCCCCAAGAUGCUGGACGCUGAAGACAUCGUGGGCACGGUCAGGCCUGAUGAGAAAGCCAUCAUGACGUACGUCUCCUCCUUCUAUCACGCCUUUUCUGGGGCUCAGAAGGCCGAGACGGCAGCCAAUCGGAUCUGCAAGGUGCUGGCUGUGAACCAGGAGAACGAGAAUCUCAUGGAGGACUACGAGAAGCUGGCCAGCGACCUCCUGGAGUGGAUCCGGGCCACGAUCCCCUGGCUGGAGAACCGAGCCCCUGAGAAGACGAUGCAGGAGAUGCAGGUGAAGCUGGAGGAUUUCCGGGGGUACCGGCGGGUGCACAAGCCCCCCAAGGUGCAGGAGAAGUGCCAGCUGGAGAUCAACUUCAACACCCUGCAGACCAAGCUGAGGCUGAGCAACCGGCCCGCCUUCAUGCCCUCCGAGGGGCGCAUGGUCUCGGACAUCAAUAACUCAUGGCACAGUCUGGAGCACGCAGAGAAGGGCUACGAGGAGUGGCUGCUGAACGAGAUCCGCAGACUCGAGAGACUCGACCACCUGGCAGAGAAAUUCAGACAGAAAGCCACCAUCCAUGAGGCCUGGACCGAGGGUAAUGAGGCCAUACUGACCAAGAAGGACUACGAGACGGCAACGCUGUCCGACAUCAAAGCCCUGCUGCGCAAACACGAAGCCUUUGAGAGUGACCUCGCUGCGCACCAGGACAGAGUGGAGCAGAUCGCUGCCAUCGCACAGGAGCUCAAUGAGCUGGAUUACUACGACUCUCCCAGCGUGAACGCUCGCUGCGAGAAGAUCUGCAACCAGUGGGAUGUACUGGGAUCUCUGACCCAGAGCCGCAGGGAGGCCCUGGAGAGGACAGAGAAGCAGCUGGAGUCGAUUGAUGAGCUGUACCUCGAGUACGCCAAGAGGGCGGCGCCCUUCAACAACUGGAUGGAGGGGGCGAUGGAGGACCUGCAGGACAUGUUCAUCGUGCACAACAUCGAUGAGAUCCAGGGUCUGCUCUCUGCUCAUGAGCAGUUCAAGGCGACUCUCUCUGAUGCUGAUAAGGAGCGCGAGUCGAUCCAGGCGAUUCAGAGUGAGGUUCAGAAGAUCGCAGAGUACAACAGCAUCAAGCUGACUGGAGGGAACCCCUACACUACCAUCACCCCCCAGGCCAUCAACGCCAAGUGGAACAAGGUGCAGCAGCUCGUUCCUCAGAGGGACCGUGCUCUGCAGGAGGAGUUGGCGCGGCAGCAAUCCAACGACCGUCUGAGGCGCCAGUUUGCCAACCAUGCCAACGUGGUGGGACCCUGGAUCCAGAACAAGAUGGAGGAGAUCGGGCCGCAUCUCGAUUGA